GCUCCUGUGGUUUGUGGUAUCUUGGCUGUGGUGGAGUUUGCGUGCAGUGUUGUUGUGUUAGGUGCUCGGCCGCGGUUCGCGAUAGAAAAUUUCUUCCACCUUGUGCCUCGACCGGCCGAUAUUCGACCUGUCCCGGCUCAGACGCCUAGAGCGUUCCCCAAACGCUCUGUGCAAUCGUCUUCUCGGUGUUUUUCCUUCGCCCACGGACCUCUCUCGAACGUUGGUUGGAGACGUGUGUGUGUUGUGUCGGCCGCAAGUAGUGCUUUUCACUACGUCGUCGCUGUUGCCGUGUUGGUAUUCCGCCUGUACACCUUGUCGACGUGCGGGCAGGCUUCACGGUGCACCGCCUCGCAGAGUGAUUCGACGUGCGUCGCCGAUUGAAUUAUGAUACAAUCGCCGGUUUCAGUAGAGUGAUCCGGAAGCGUGGCAUGGAUGCCAGGCAGCGAUGGACAAGUUUGCAGUGGAUCUAGACAAAGUGCUCGACGAGCUCGAGCAACGCGAAGGCUUGUUGUCGGAGAGGCUUCCAGAGACGCAGCAUCAUGCUUUUGAAGUGCCUAGACCAGCAGCAGCCCAGGCGAUACCCAAGUGUCGUGGAGACGUGCCGCAUCAAAAUGGGGACCACAGUGGCAUGCCUACGCCGGUGCUACCGUCGGCCAAUGCCCAAGGAAUAACAGACUCGAAGAAGCCAAAUGGCAAUGACACAACUAACAGCAAAGCUUCCUUUUGGGAUGACGGCCCAGUGACUUUACUGAGUGCGCCCUCGGCAUCGCUGUAUUCUGAGAAAGGUGUCAGGGACACUUCUGUGCAUGUGCCUACAAGUGCUGCGCCGUCCGCCCCUUCGACUGUGUCGGCCGGUCAUCUAGAAGAAUGCGCAGACUCUUCAGGUGCGCGUAGCAGUGGUCAAAAUGCAUCUGUUCCUGCUCAAGUCGACGUUCCCGAUCGGACUGGCUGCGUAGGAGACUCAUUUGAGGCACCUGUCUACUCUGCUGCAGAGCUGCCACCUUUAGUGGCUCCUAGCAGCAACAGUGUUUCAAGUGCCCUUGGCCUACCUGUUGUUUCCUCAGCUGAUGGUUGUAGAAACAGUGAUAACGGUGCACCGUACAAUGGUCCAGUGAGUGGUUGUGGCAAUGAAGUGAGAUUGGCAACAAACUCUGCAGCUAGACAGUUACAUGCGGAUCCAAGAACGUUGCCCGCUGCAUCUGAAGCAGUUGCAAAUAGGGUAUCUGAUGACGGUGCUUUCAGUGAAGUGCUUCCAAAGAAUUCAAUUCCCCGAGACAGCUUUCAGUACCCUGAUUUGCUUUCAUCGAGCCCCAUCAGAGAGUCUGCAGCAGACACCAGUACUGAGCCACUACAGAAGCUUAUUAGCUUGUCUCCUGACGAUGCCAAGGCCCCUGCUGCGAAUGGCACGGAACUGCUCCCACAUGAUGGCUCAACAAAGAGCAAUGAAACAAAAUAUGAUGCUUCUUUAUUGCUUGACAGUGAACAUUGUCCUGCUGAUGUUGACCCUGACAAGGUUUCUAGUAGUUCCAGAAAAGAAAACACUGACUUGGGAUCUAGCAAACUGCCAUAUUUACAGGCAGUUUCCCCUUCUCUGGAAAGACCUAAAUCUUUAUUAGAGCAGCUGGAGAUAUUGCCACCAAGCGUGAAACAGCUGAAAGUACCACAUGUCCCGCACAGCACACUUCUCAGGAACCUGCUCCAGAAGCUCAGGAUCAAGCAGUUCAUGCAAUUGUGUCUGAAGGUCCCAGUAGUAAUUUAUGUGUGCAGGAGAACCACAAAACUGAUAAUGCUAGUUCCCUGCAGCCUUCAAGAGGAAAUGAAGUGCCUGGCUGCGAUGCAGAGUUGCUUGUCCCAUCUACAGACCAUGCCAACGCUCUUGCCCCUCACUGAGCCGCAAGUUUGCACGCAACCUUCCCCAGCACGAGACUCCAUUAAAGAUGCCGACACAUCGUCAACAUCACCAUCCGAAACUUCAUCCGCAUUGCCUGCAACUCCACCUGCUUCCCCACCAAAGGUGCGCACACCCGAUCCUGGGAUGCUUUCCUACUCCCCGCCACGGUCGUCAUCUGCUCCUCCCGGUGCAUUGCCUGCGUCUCCGGUCAGAGUGUCGUCUGCCUCGUCGUCACCGGUGUCGUCUGCUUCGACGGGCCCGUCGACGGACGUGCCCGACGACGUCUCACAACCCGAGGGCGCCCCCGCGUAUCCCUUUGGGGACGAGGCGACCGUGAUAACGGAGGCCCGCUCCCUGGACGAAGACACCGUCGUUGGGUUCGACACUGCCCCCGACGUCACCGAUGAGGAGCUCGACCGAUUGCUGCAGGAAGAAGAAGGGGACGAAGGCGAGCGUAGCUUCCUGCCGCCGCUAAGCGAGGAGGAGCAGAUGCUGGGCAAAGUGAAGCCCUUCUGGAUCCCUGACGAGGAGGCACCCUCAUGCAUGCUGUGCUUCGGGCGCUUCACGGUGCUCAAGCGCCGGCACCACUGCCGAGCCUGCGGAAAGGUGCUGUGUUCCUCGUGUUGCAACCAGAAGGCACCACUUCCCUGCCUGGAGAACCGGGAAGGCCGUGUUUGCCUUCCCUGCCUCACCAUUCUACAGAGGGUGGCUGCUGUCGAGCGGCUUGGCGGUCCAAGCCCAGCCAAUCCAGCGGCCUACUGUUCAAGGGGACCACCCCCACUGCAUGGAGCAGCGCAGUCCCCACCCCUCACGGUCCUUGUUCCCGUGCUACGACGGGGACCGCGGCCAGAUGGAGAGGCCCCCAAGCAGGUGAUGUUCUCAGAUGGAAUACGACCCGGCGGUGACUUGUCUGAUGAAGUGAUGCCUUCGGCGAUGCCGGCCCCACCUCGGGAGCUGGGCUGCCGGGAUGGGCCUGCCGAAAGCCUGCUUCAAGAACGUCGAGUGGUGCUGUCAGACAUUGAGGGCUCCCUACCGCCUGUGGCACUCAGCGUGUCACAGCGAGAUCUGAAGCUUGAAAAUGAGAAUGACCUAAUGAUUGUACUCCAAGAUCCCAAUGUGGAGCCUGUGGCAUUUGCACUUACCAGGAACUUGCACGUGCUGGUCAAGAUUGUCACAGUGGAGUGUGGCAGGAAGCGGCAGUGCUGGAACUUCAGCAGCCGCGGCCUGUGUGCCCUGGGCCUGGACGAGGUGGUGUUCCUGCUGGAGCGAAAUCCGGGGGAAUCGCAGCUCCCGCGGGACGCCCUGCGGCUCUUUGCAACCCUUCAAGGCAUCGGCGCCACGGGCGGCCACCGGCCGGUGGGAGUGGUGCCCCCCGGAGUGACAACGCCGCCGACCGUGGGGGCGUUCCAGUGCCUGCCCUUUCCCGAAGGAGUGCUCGGCAGCAGUGACCAUGGUGGAUUCCUCCUGCUGCCCCACAUGGGACAGUGCUUGGACGGACUUGUCCUUCCCCGACCUCCGUGGCUGUGCGCCGUCCUGCUCCAGCGGAUGGAACUGCCCUGGGCACGACUACUGCCGCUUCGGCUUCUGCUGAGGCUCGGAGCCGAAUUUGAAGCGUACCCAUACCCAAUGGUCAGCGUUCGUGGACGUCGCUCUGUAUAUUCUGAAAUCGGGCACACCAUUAUGACAGUCCUUCUGGAUUUCCGCAACUUCCAGUACCAGCUGGCCAACCUGUCGGGGCUUCUGGUGCACCUGGAGGGGCGGCAGACAAUGGUGCGGGUUCCACGAAACCGAUACGAUGCCCUGGUGCGCGUCUUGGACGGCAACGAGCACGUGCUUGCCCUGGCGGCAAACAUGAGCCCCAAGGCAGAUGCCCACCUCGUCUGUGUACAGGCACCUGAAGGGGGCACUUACCACUCUCAGGCAAUCCAGCCUGUCCUUUUGUUGGCCAGGCACGUCCCUGGCAGCUCCGUGGAAUGCACGGGGGCGUCGUUCGUGGUGUUCAGCGGGGCCCUCAAGGGUCCGGGGGAAGCCAAGCACAGCGUCGUGGAAGACGGCGUGCUGGUCCAGCUUUCGCCAGCCAGCAUGGGAAGCCUGCGGACGGCACUGCGCGCCAUGCGUGACUGGCACGUUCCGGCAGUUCCUGCGUCGCCUGGCGAAGACGCUGGCCACAUCGCUGUCAUCUGGACAGAGGACGACCAGCCGAAGAAUACCGGGGUACGAAGCCCUAUAGAUGGUCGCAGCCUGGAGGGCGUUACUGGUGUGCGCCUGCGUGGUUUCUCCGACUUCUGCGCUCGGGGCCUGUGUCUUCGGUGGACGGAGUUCUUUCUCCUUUCCUGCGACAGCGGACCAACGUGGGGCGGAUGUGAGGACCCCCAGCGCGCUGCCGAAGGUCUGGCUCGAGCCUUCUGCGAGGCGCUGCUGCCGCACCUGACCCUGCUGCAACCCCUGUCUCCGCUUGGCCUUCGCGCGCAGCUGGGUCCCGAUCAAGUCGGCUACGAAGCCGGUGCACAGAAUCAGCCACUACCGGUUGUUUGCCAGGAGCCGUUGGACUGCGCUUUGGUGCCCUUGCUUACUGGCCCACAGGAGCCCAUGCACCUCGAGAUGCUUUUCCAUGUCAUCUACCAGUGAAGAGACUCGAAAUGCUGGCAAGGACUCAACCAUAUGAGGAAUAUGCGCAAACCUACGUUUCUCUAACUCCAUCAGCGAGCCCGUCCGUAGGGAACUGCAUCAAGACCGUUACGGAACAUACUGACUAUGCAGGUAGUUUAUGCUGUGCUGGUUUCGACAAUGACCCACGGUGUCGAGCAUGUGUGGCUUCCAGUUCGUCACCUGCAUUCGGUUUCGCUUUCGUCGAGCCUCUGGAAUUUCGUGAAGUCAGCCGUGCAGUGAGAAGCUUUCUGAGAAGUGCUGCGAAACGACUUUGCAUCUGAUCCUCGAGUGGAAUCGAAACAGCUACGUUUGCGACACUUUUCCAUAGCCCACUAUUGCGGGAAAAGUUUUGCAUGCCACUUUUCAGAAGCCUGGUCGUUCCUAUGAACUGUUGCGAAGCUUGGAGAGCUUGUCGUCUGUGCCACUUUCUUCUUUUGCAGAGUGUGUGGUAUUCUGAUUUUAUCCUGAGCGUUGCUUGCUACAAAGCUUUUGGAAACAAAGAGAGAGGGAGGAUCCACUGCUGCCAAAUCAGCAUUGUAGUCCUCUUCGUUAACUCUUCAACUCUCUUGUGGCACAUGACGGGGCUCUGUCGACUCAGCUUUCCUGGCCCAGACGCAGUGACACGAGCUUCUUAUGUUCUCCACUGCGAGAUAAGCACAGACAGACGCUGUUUGUCUUGGAGGCUUAUGCCUCCAUCAGUUAACUGGACCAUGACCACUACACUCACUCUUGCUACACUUCAACAACCAUGAGCAUGUGCUGUAAUAGAUCGCUCAGUAUCAAGCAGUCUGUUAUGCCUUUUGCUGCGUGGUACUAACUACUUGUUUAUGCGAUUGUCUGCUGAGUUUACCAGUUGUACUCUCUUAAAGCUUGGCACAUUUUUAAGGUGUUGGUGUUGCCGAUAUUGAUUCUAAUGCAUGCAGCUUUAGGCUGUACUGUUCGCUUCGGUAACGGCUUCAGGUGUAAUAAUUGUAACAGAAAGGAGGGAUCGGUGUCUGACGUGCUGUGUGUCAAGUUGCUUCAUCACAUACUUUGUUUACAAGUAGCAACUGCCACAAAAAUUAGGUGCUGUGCAUCUAUUUGCAGUCUUUGAACAUGUUGACUAUGGUAUGAAGUGAUGUGCCCUUACAAAAGCUUUCCAGGCUGUCAUUGCUCAGUGAUUUGUGGUAGACUAGAUUGUACGGCACGAAAGCUGGCCUGGUAGAAUAUUAGUGACAGUCCGUGUCACUGUCUCCACGUCGAUUUCGCCUUGCUCGCUUGAGUGGUUGUUUUUAAAAAGAUCUUCAUUUCUUUCUGUACAGAGUCGACCAUAAUUUUGGUUUGCUUUUGGUUUUGAGCAUGUAGCAACUUUCUUAGUGCAGUUCCAGCUUGAUUGUAUCGUAACUGCUUGCAAGAAGGACUGAGGGAGCAUUUUUAUACUAUUUUUUCUCCCAUAAAGCUAAAAGCAUGCACCAUUCAGUGCUGCCAAAUGAUGGCAGAGAAUCAGUGAUAGCUGCUGAAAGACCUCUUAGGCACAUUAGGCAGCCAGAGUUGCUGUGGCGCAUAGUGCAAGGGAUAGAUAAACAUCUCGUUUAGACAUUAUGACACCAUGGUUAUCCUGGUCGCUUGGACUGAUGUAUUUUGUAUUUGUACAGGUAUUGUGCAUGCGUGCUUUUGCUACAGUGCAGUUUCACAAUUCUGGCGACUUGCAUUAUAACCGGUUCACACUGUACAGAACCUGACAUUUGCUUGAUGUACUAUACAGCGUUGUGGUUUGUACUCGACAUGUCAAGGUACUACUGCUGAAAAGGUAACGAGGAAGAUCGAACUUGCCAGUCUUUGUGAUCGGCAUCAAGGUGGUGCAUUUGCUCGUUGGAAGCAGCUGCUUGAUUUUCUCUCUGCUUUUACAAUUGCAAAAGCUCUUUUACAACAAGUAACUCUUUACAUCUGUGGCCUCGAUGCCGGCGUCAUUUCACGUUUGUAUGGGUCCUGGCACGUAAAGUAAAUGACCAAUAUUACUAGGAGUGCAUUGCCUUUAACCUUCGGUUGAUAAUGUGUCUAGCGCGCUAACACAGAACUUACUUAGGCCGAACUUUGUGAACAACGGCAUAGAGACAGCUGUGGUUCACGGGUGCCUAUGGUUGCAAUGAGUUGCCCUUUGCGUUAUUCAGCUGAUUUCUGGUGUGUGUGUGUCUGAUUCAUGUGUGCUGUUCCACACACAUGAAUCACUGCUGGGAAGCCACUGGAACAACCUGAAUGUUAAGGUUACUGUACAAAUUCAGUUUACUCUAGACACGUGUCACUGUCAUGGGAAUGAAUACGAGCUGCUUGUCUGUAGUAUCUAUGUCAGUUGCAUGCUGUGUAAUUUAAUGAUGACUUUUAUGCGAAGUUUAAACGGAACCCCGCCAGUUUGCGCUUAUUCUACUUGGAGCUUAUGUAUAAACUGUUUUCAGCACUUGAAAAACAAAGCCGGCGUAUGAGAGGUGUGUGCAAUAUCGCUCGCGUGUGUUGUUGCUUUGAUGGAAAGAGUAACAUUGUACAUGUGUCUUAACUGUUUAUAAUUUCUCUCGUGAUGGUAUGUCUUCUCUUUCUACAAGAAGAAUAUUAGUGGCUAGCCAAAAUUACUUAUUAAGCUGCAUGUAGAUAUGAAGGCAUGCUCAACAGAGUGUUAAAGGUUGUGGUAUGCCCAAGCAUUUGUGUGUCUGUUCUAGGAUUAUUAAUAAACUUUUAGGUGAUCCUAAAAAAUUGCUGUCUGUGCCUCUGUUUGAAUCGGCGGCUGAUAAGUGUUAUGGUCGGCUCCAUUUUUAUCUUCUUAAUUGUGUGCCUUGGUUAUUUCAUAGAGGAGUGUAGAUGGUUGGUGCCUCAUUGAGGAUGUGUCGUUUAGAGUAAGUCAUUAGUAAUGUCCGUGCGACAGCGUGUUGCUGUUUGACCAGCCGCCUUUGAAAGGCACGGGCCUUUAGCAUUGGCCUGUGGACUGUCACAUUUGCUGGUGCUUUGCUUGCACGAGUUUGCAUGAACGUGGACUUUAAUGGCUAUGCCAUGAUUGCCUCUCUUGUGAGGUGCGUCUGCGAUAUAUAUUCAGUGCAAUUCAAUAUGGUGUCACGUGGUUUCAGAACCCCAAUAAAUGAGUUGCUUUUACUGUUA